ACCCGGUGCCCCGGGCGGAGCAGCAGGGCACCGCGGCGCACUGGGCGGAGCAGCCAUGGCACCCGAGGGCGCCUCAGGGCGGAGCCGGCGGGCGCCGUGACCCCCAGGAGGGAGCGUACAGGUCUCGGUGCCCUCAGGCAGGCCCACAGCGCGGCGAGCGGCUGGCGCCGGGACCUCCAAGGAUGGAGCGAACAGGUCUCGGGCCUCAGCGCGGAGCGGGCCGAGGGGGCGCCGGACCCCCAGGUGGUGCAGCGAGAACAGGUCUCGGGCGCCUCAGGCGGAGCGGGCGGGCGCCGGACCCUCCAGAUGGAGCGACAGGUCUCGGGCCCUCAGGCGGAGCGUAGAGCGGGCGCCGGAACUCCAACAGGCGGAGAGCGAACAGGUCUCGGGCCCUCAAGGAGCGGAAUGCGGCGGGCGCCGUCGACCCCCAGCUCUGAG